AGUGACGCAAACUAUGGAGUACUCCAACUCAAUCGAAUCUUUCACUGGUCAGUGUGAACUGCUAAAAACUAUUUAAUUGAGGUCUAUACCUCCAGAUUUUUAUUAGUUAUUCACUUCAAUACUCCCUUUUCGAGCACUGAUUCAAUGACGCAACUGUUAUGGAAAAGAUCCCCGGUUCAGAGGUCCAGGUCCAGAUGGACUUGGGAACAGCACAUCCUGCUCCCUCCAGAGGACAAUGGUCAAACAAAAUGGAGUUCCUAUUGGCGGUUGCAGGACAGAUCAUAGGCCUUGGAAACGUGUGGAGGUUUCCUUACCUGUGCUACAAAAAUGGAGGAGGCGAGUCCCGCUAUAGCUAAAUGGAAACCCACACAGAGACCGCCAUGUUUGUGAUAACGUGUUGAACAAAAACCCAAAGAAAUGCCUUUCAACAACAUUAUUUUAUUCCAAUGGAUGUGGGUCACCACCUAAACAUCUUGUGCUCCUCAGGGAUUGGUUAUGGAAGCCAAGUGGUUGUUUCAUACUCCAGUAUGUACUACAUCAUCAUACUGGCCUGGGCAUUCCUGUAUCUAUUCUCCUCUUUCAACGCAGAACUUCCCUGGGCGACGUGCAGUAACAGCUGGAACACCGAUAACUGCGUGGAGUUUCAUCAAAGUCUUGAACCUUUUAACACGACUUUGACUGAAAAUGCAACAUCACCAGUGAGAGAAUUCUGGGAGAGGAGAAUUCUGAACAUCACAGGAAACAUCAAUGAGCUGGGCAGUGUUCGGUGGGAGCUGGCUCUGUGUCUGCUCUUAUCCUGGAUCAUCUGUUACUUCUGUGUGUGGAAGGGAGUGAAGUCUACUGGAAAGGUAGUUUACUUCACUGCUACCUUCCCGUAUCUGAUGCUGGUCGUGUUGCUCAUUCGUGGACUCACACUCCCAGGGGCCUUAAAUGGAAUCAAGUUUUACCUUUAUCCAGAUCCGUCCCGUCUUGCUGAUCCACAGGUGUGGAUGGAUGCCGGCACGCAAAUAUUUUAUUCCUAUGCUAUUUGCAUUGGUUGUCUUACUGCACUGGGCAGCUACAAUAAGUACAACAAUAACUGCUACAAGGAUUGUAUAUAUUUGUGCCUCUUGAACAGUGGAACCAGUUUUGUGGCUGGUUUUGCCAUUUUCUCUGUUCUUGGAUUUAUGGCCUUUGAGCAGCAAACAGACAUAUCAAAGGUGGCAGAGUCAGGCCCGGGCCUGGCUUUCAUCGCCUAUCCUCGAGCUGUCACCUUGAUGCCUCUUCCUCAGCUUUGGGCAACAUUAUUUUUCAUGAUGAUCAUCCUGCUAGGUCUGGACAGUCAGUUCGUGGGCCUGGAGGCUCUUGCAACAGCCAUUUCUGACUUGAACCCCAGCUUCUUCCAAGUCGGCCAUCGGCGUAAACUUCUGCUGCUCGUCAUCUGUGUCAUCUGUUUUCUCAUUGGCCUGGUUAUGGUGACAGAGGGAGGACUCUACGUCUUUCAGGUGUUUGACUAUUAUGCCUGCAGUGGAAUGACUCUGCUGCUCUUUGCUCUGCUGCAGUCCGUGUGUAUAGCUUGGGUUUAUGGUAUUGAUCAGUUUUAUGACAUCAUUGAAGACAUGAUCGGAUACAGACCUGUGUCUGCAUUUAAGUACCUCUUGAAAUACGUGACCCCAGUGAUCUGCUUGGGGACAUUCAUCUUCUCGCUGGUCAAGUACACUCCUCUGAAGUUCAACAACACCAUCGAGUAUCCGUGGUGGGGUUACUCGCUUGGCUGGUGGUUCACGCUUUCAUCCACACUGGUUGUUCCCUUAGUGAUGCUGUACAACCUGUCCGUCACUCCCGGUACACUGCGACAGAGAAUCUCACUUCUAUGCACUCCAUCUGAAGACCUUCCUCUGACUAAACCGGAGAAAACGGCUCUGGAGCUGCUGAAAAUGUCCUAAUCUUCCCUGAACACGGGGUGGAAGUGUCUGUGAACAUCAGAGGAUGUCAUGGGAACCCCCACUCUCAGCUAGAAUCCCUAAACCCGCUGAAGACGGACUGUAAGCACCAUGCAGGAAGCUUAGAGCCCACCCUGGGGUGGGACACAACAACAGCUACUAACUACUAACAACACUGUAGGAACCUUCCACUGAUUCAACUCGUCUCAGGCAUGGAAAGCUUUUCUCUUUGUUACUAGUUUUCUUACAGUUACUGUUGCAAAUGUUUGCAAAAAUCAAUUAGAUGGGUUUUCAUUUUUAAUUGGUGUAAAUUCAUUUGAUCAUAAAGCCUCAUGACUAAAAUCUGAAAUAACAUCUACACAGGAAAUGUUUUCAUACAUUGCACAGUAAAGCUUAACUGUGUUCAAAUAUUUUCAUCCCAAAGAAGAUGGAAUCCACUUUUAAACAAAGUAUUCAACCCACAAAUGCAGAAUUUCCUAGAGGGAAGGUAAAAAUGAAUCCAUGCCUGCAGAAGUACAACAGCUGAGGAGAAAAACGCUUCACAUUUGAUCCUCAGCAGUUGGUUGAUGUGAAAACAGAAGGUUACUUUUAUCCAAAGAUGCUGACAUCACCGUUCCCAGCUGUCCUUGACAGGAAGGAGCGUCUAAUGAGCAGUCGGGGUGAAAAGGGGUAACUGUAACCUGUUUUACCCCGACUGCUCAGUGGCCUCUGCAUGCCACACACAACUUUUAAAGUUGUACACAGUAUGUUUUUAUAAAUCUUCUUCUAUGCCCUUUUAUUUGUCCUACAAAUAUCCAGUAUUCAAAGUUACCAGAUGAUCUACUGUCCUGUUGGAAAUACUUUAUUUAAAAAUGUGCAUCAGCUUGUAGGUCAACCUUUGUGUCACAUCUGAUCCAUGUAAAUCUGUAAAGCCAGUACUGUUUACAACCUAUUGUAAAAUAGUGUAUAGUAAGAUUUUGUUUAACUCAAUGAUAUUUUUUUAAUCACUAUUUAAUGAAAAGGAUCCUUCUUAAAGAUUUGUUAUUUUCAUGUAAUUUCAUUGUUGGGUGUCAUUGUGUACAAUUUUCAGUGAUUUUCCUUUACUGUUUCUUCAUGAUCAUUAAUAAAAGCACAUGAUAAUAUUCA